CUCUCUCGUCUUCGAGAAACCACAAAUCUCUCUCUCUCUCUCUCUUUCUCUCCCUCUCUACUCUCUGCAAUGGCGUCUCUCCAGCAAACUCUAUUCUCUCUUCAAUCCAAACUCCCACCUUCCUCCUUUCAAAUCGCGAGAUCUCUCCCUAUGCGAAAGACGACCUUACCACUCCGAAUCGGCGGCGGAAACGCAGCGGGAGCGAGAAUGUCAGCCACGGCGGCCGGAAGCUACGCGAUGGCUCUCGCAGACGUCGCGAAAAGGAACGACACACUCGAAUUGACGAGCGCAGACGUCGAGAAGCUCGAGAAGGUAUUCUCAGAUCCACAGGUGCUCAAUUUCUUCGCGAACCCAACCGUCGAGGUCGAGAAGAAGCGUCUCGUGAUCGACGAAAUCGUGAAAUCGUCUUCUCUCCAGAGCCACACGUCGAAUUUCCUCAACGUUUUGAUCGACGCGAACCGGAUCAGCAUAGUGACGGAGAUCGUCAAGGAGUUCGAGAUGGUGUACAACAAGAUCACGGAUACGCAAUUGGCGGAGGUUAGAUCGGUGGUGAAACUUGAGCCGCCGCAGCUUGCUCAGAUCGCGAAACAGGUUCAGAAGCUGACCGGAGCGAAGAACGUUAGGGUUAAAACGGUUAUUGACCCGAGUCUUGUGGCUGGGUUUACGAUUCGGUAUGGUGAUUCUGGGUCGAAGCUUAUUGAUAUGAGUGUGAAGAAGCAGCUUGAGGAUAUCGCUGCUCAGCUUGAACUCGGUGAGAUUCAAUUAGCUACUUGAAGGAACAAAAAAUUGUAUUGAGAAUCACUUUUUUUUUUUGGUUCAAUGUUAAUUCUUUCUCUCUUCUUCCUCUAUCAAUCAUCAACAUAUACUGAUAUAUAAUAAUUCGGCGUUAUCUUCAAUUAUUUAUGUGAGAACUUUUGUGUAA